CUGCGCCGGUCACGUGAUCCCGAGAACAGGAAGUAUGUUGUGUGUACAUUGUAUGUGCUUGGGCGAACUAGCAGCUGGCUAGCUCAGUCAAGGUUGGUCAGUCUUCAAAGAAAAUGGACACGCGCUUCACUCGAGGGAAAUCCAACAUUUUGGAGCGACCUCUGACCCGACCCAAGACGGAGGUCAGCGUGAGUGCCUUCGCCCUGCUGUUUUCAGAGAUGGUGCAGUACUGCCAGAGCCGCGUGUACUCUGUGUCCGAGCUGCAGACACGUUUGUCAGACAUGGGCCAGAGCGUGGGAGCCAGCAUGCUGGACGUGCUGGUGCUGAGAGAGAAGAACGGCAAGAGGGAGACCAAGGUGCUGAACAUACUGCUGUUCAUCAAGGUUAAUGUAUGGAAGGCUUUGUUCGGGAAGGAGGCUGACAAGCUGGAGCAGGCCAACGACGACGACAAGACGUACUACAUCAUAGAGAAGGAGCCGCUUAUCAACGCCUACAUCUCAGUGCCCAAGGAGAACAGCACUCUAAACUGUGCUGCCUUCACUGCCGGCAUCGUGGAGGCCAUUCUCACCAACAGCGGCUUUCCUGCUAAGGUCACUGCCCACUGGCACAAAGGCACCACGCUAAUGAUAAAGUUUGACGAGUCAGUGAUAGCCAGGGACAAGGCUUUGGACGGCAGAUAAGAAAGAAUGGAGAGAGUGGGAGGUUACAUAGAACAAUGCAGGGUAAGGAUGCAUCAUCCGCGUCCAGGUUAUUUACUCUGGCAAGCGUCCGGCCCCAGGCUAUGAGAAAUUGACUUUGACUAAGUGUGCGUGACUGUGCAAUUUGUUAAUUAGUGACUGAAUUUCCGCAUGGUGACUGUUGGAGGAGUAUUAUUUUAUGGAUGAAUGGACGUGCAUAUGGAUGGGUGGAUGACCGCCCUAUUCUGAGCCACGUGUAGAACUGAAAAGAUGCAACUAGUUGGCACAGAUUUCCAUGUUUGUGUGGAUCAUCUCACUCCUGUCAUACCUUACAUAGUGACAUUUGACACGUAUAUGUUUACAUGUGUACAUUUACAUUGUUAUGUCCCUAUGUUUACAGUGACAUCACUGUUCACUUACAUACUGAACAAUUCCUGCUUCAUUUUACGCAGUUUUCAUUAGGAAUGCUAGUCUGAUUUUCAUUGUACAGGUAACCUCUCUUUUCAUUAAAGAAAUAAGAAUUACCACACUGAAUGAGAUUGAUAACACACUGAGCCACCGGUAUACCUCAUAUGAUUGGGUGAGGGUGAAUAUCUAAGCUAAGACCAAUCUGAAUGGUGUGUAAACAAUCGUGACAAGCACUGUUUCCAUAAUGGUAAAAUAACAUUGUUAUACCUCAUCUAACGCUAUAAAACAUGUUUCUCAAAGCUAUCUUCCCGCAGAGGGUCCCGACUCAUGUGAAUCACUCCAUAAAUAACAGCUAUUCAGCCGAAAUGUAACAGGGAGAGCCCCGCUCCUACAGUGAGGAGAUCAGUCCUGCAUUUUACUCAUCUAACAGCAUUCCAGUUCAAUCUCUGCUUACAACACCCAUCUCUGUAUAAUUCCUGUAAGAACAUUUGUUUUGUCCAAUGUUGAUGGCACUGUUUAUUUUCAUAUGUUAAUCAUGACUGAAUAAAAUACAGUUUACAUGCA